AUGGGAUACCGAAGCAAGAGCCAAGUGAGACUCAAAGCUGGCGCGGUUCCUUCAGUGCACACCGCAUCUUCAGCGGGUUCUCCCGCCGGCGGGAGACAUGAUGGUCACGGAUCCGUCAGAGAUGCAGCUCGACGAAAACAAAAUCCAUGUGAUGAAGGGGGAGAUGCAUCUUCAGCCAGUGCUGCGGUGCUUGUUUCUGACCCAGCGCAAGAGCCUUUCUCUCCACUGGCCCCUCAAUCAUCUGUGCUUCACUGUGGCUCACAGUGUGACCUCAGACCUUCACAUCGUUCAUCAGCUGUCCAGGCACAACCCAAGAUGGUCAGUGUGGGGACUCAGACAGAAAUGUUUAAGAAACCAACAUCAACUCCACUGCCCAGUCCUGUGCACAGUGAUGAUGAAUCCUCUGUUUUCAUGGACAAACCUGGUGAUAUGCCAUGGUUCCCAGAGGGGGAAAUGAGAAGUGAUUCAUCUGAUGAGGAACCACAGCAGGAAUCUCACCCUGACCUCAAUGCUGCUGACAAGUUCAUUGUGUGCCAAAGCCAGCUGAUGUCUCUCUUUACCAUUUGCCCAGCCUGUUCUGGGGAAACCCAAGGCAAUGUUGAGAAGCAGGAGGGAACUUUUGUAAAAAUAAAGCAAGUCUGUGCAGCAUGUGGGUAUCAGCGUUUUUGGCAGAAUCAGCCAAUGCUGCAUCGAAAUAUGCCGGCCUGCAACCUAUUACUGAGUGGGGCCAUCCACUUUUCAGGUUGCAUGGCUACCCAGACCAUCCGUAUGUUGAAGCUGUUUGGGCUUCAGAGCAUCAGUGUCAGCACCUUCUUCCGCCAUCAGCGCUUUUACACGAUUCCAACCAUCGUGCAGGCGUGGCAGAAUGAACAGGCAGCGAUCAUCAGAGAUCUGAAAGAGAUGAGGGGGGGACUGAUCCUGUCUGGUGACUGCAGGUCAGAUUCACCUGGCCAUUGUGCAAAAUAUGGCACAUACUCUUUGAUUGAGGACAGGAUCAAUAAGGUUUUAGAUCUUCAACUUGUCCAGAGCUCCGAGGUCCCAAGUAGCACCUGGUGUGAGUUAGAGGGCCUAAAGCGCAGCAUAAACUUUCUGACUCAGCAACAUAUGCAAGUGUCUGCCCUCAUCACAGACAGAAAUCGGCAGGUUGCCAAGUGGGUACGGGAGGAGUUGUGUCCCAAAGGAACAAGCCAUUUCUUUGAUAUUUGGCAUAUUGGCAAAAGCCUAGGGAAAGCAUUGGAUGCUGCUGCAAAGGAGAGGGAGUGUGAAGAUCUGAAGCUGUGGAGGCCAGCUAUUAUUAACCAUCUCUACUGGACUGCAGCUUCCACCCCUAAUGGAGAUGCAGAUGUGAUGGAGGCCAAGUGGAGAAGCAUGGUCAACCAUGUUCAGGACAUCCACGAACAUGGCACUGCUACAUUUCCUUGCUGUGCACAUCCACCUCUGGAGGGUGAAGCAAGGAACAAGGAGUGGCUGGAACCAGGAUCAACUGUAGCAGUUAAACUGGAGAGUGUAGCUACUAGAACAGCGCUGGUAAAGGAUGUUCGGCAGUUGUCCCCACAGCAUCAGACUUUUUCACUGGAGGCAUUUCACUCCCUGAUCCUGCACUUUGCACCGAAGCACACUGGGUUCUCCUUCCUUGGGAUGCACAGCAGACUUCUCUUGGCAGCCCUGCAUUUCAACCACAAUGGCAGCAGAGAGGUAGCUCGAACCAGUGAUGGUGAGGCAUGUUAUGCGGUUCGCUACCCAAGGUUCCGCAAAGGUGGCUGGGUAGUCCGUCCUGUAAAGGAAAAGCCAUCAUAUGCAUAUGCAUCAGCCCUCAUGGAGUCUCUGAGAGAGGAAUACUCUAGGUCACCACAGGCUCUACGAGAACGCAGUGCAGUUUUGUCUUCCUCUACACCUGCUCCCCUUUCCAGAUCCCACCAGAGGAUCAACAAGGAUGAGGCUGUUGGCGUGUAUCUAUCACAGCAUUCACGAUUUAACACGUUAAUUACACCUUAGUAUGAUACCUGAGAGAUUAUUAAAUUGUAUAUAUGAUAAUAAAAAAGUUUUAUAGAGACAAUUUGUGAUUGUUUAUUUUCUAUUGAUUGUCAACAAAAUUGGGCCAUUCAAAACCUUUAUAAAGUCCUCCUUCCUCUGGAAACUGCCCUCUAAUGGCUGACACAACACAUGCAGGUAAGGGCUUCCUGAUGUGCCUGCCCAGAAUCCCAUAG